GCAGCACUCUCUGCUACUCAGCUUAAUAUUUCCAGUUCAUACAAAAGUUUAUAAUCUGUUUACUUUUGAAGUAUUUUAAUUCUUUUAAAACUUUUAUAUAGUCCUGCAACAACAAAAAACAAAAGGAUGCUGCCUGCAACUUUUAAACUGUGUGCUGGCAUCUCCUAUCGGCAUAUGAGAAACAUGACAUGUUUGAGAAAGAACGCUGUGGUAGCCAUUCAUCAUGAACUCAACAAGCUGGCAGGUCCUGGACCCAGCAAUUGGAUCAGUCAAGUCCGGCGGCGAAGCUCUCUUCUCAGUUCACGGAUUGAGGAGGAGGGGUACAGUGAAGAGGACAUGUCUUAUGUGAAACAAGGGGAGGAUGCACUGAAGAAGGCCAUCAGCAUCCUCAGUGAACAGGAUGACUGGACCAUUGAAACUGUAGCUGCAAAUGGAGAUAAGGUCCUGAGUAAGGUGUUGCCCGACAUUGGGAAGGUGUUCAAACUGGAAGUGGUGUUGGAGCAACAACCUAAAAGCCUUUAUGAAGAGCUGGUGGGAAAUAUGGAGCAAAUGGGGGAGUGGAACCCUAAUGUCAAAGAGGUCAAAAUUCUUCAAAAGAUUGGCCAGGACACAAUGGUUACCCAUGAGGUUUCUGCAGAAACGCCUGGCAAUGUGGUCGGACCAAGGGACUUUGUCAGCGUCCGCUGCACCAAACGUCGCGGCUCCACCUGCUUCCUGGCUGGGAUGUCCACUCAACACCCAAAAAUGCCAGAGCAGAAGGGUGUAGUCAGAGCCGAGAAUGGACCUACCUGUAUAGUGAUGAAGCCAUGUGCUGAAGACCCCAAUAAGACCCAGUUUACCUGGUUACUGAGUAUAGAUCUAAAGGGCUGGAUCCCAAAGACAAUCAUAAACAGAGUGCUGUCUCAGACGCAAGUGGACUUUGCCAACCACCUCAGAGACAGGAUGGCUGAUAAUGUUUCUAUGGAGAUGGCUCAUGCUUGCUGACACAUGACGCCUCUUGAGCGUUCGCACAGUGCACUCAGCAGUGGCAGAGGGGCAACCCAGGCUCAUUGAAAUACCCAUCUAGAUCUGCUUUUAACUACUGAAAAACAAGUAAAACCAAGAGAGCAUGAAGAAUUGUGCUGUUGUGAGACUGACAGAAAAAUCUCAAAAAACAAGUCUCAAAAUAUGCUAAAACUUUUUGCACUAAACCUAUUGUCUU